AUAUAAUUCGAAGGGCAAACCAGGCAGUUGUCAAUAAAGUUUAUAAAUCAAAAUUGUCCAAGUCAAUCAAUAAAAAUACAAGAUGUCAGCUCCAGAUAUUCCAAAGUCAGUGAUACAAAAAUUGGUAUUCUUUACUGGUGCCAUGAUAAUAUUACCAGUAUUUACAUUCUUUGUAUGUCAAUAUUUAUUCAAUCAUAAUUCGAUAAUUAGUGGUGGAAUUGCUGCAUUAAUUGCCAAUGUGGUAUUAAUUGGAUAUGUUGUUGUUGCAUUUACUGAAGAUACUUCUAAAUUGGAAGAAGAAUCAAAGAAGGAAAUAUAGUGUGUGUAUUCUGUAUAUAUGUUAAUAUAAUUAUGAGUUGCGUGGGAACAAGAAAGUGUAGUAAACAACCAGUAGUAAUGUGUGGUGAAACAUUCUGUAAAGACACAACACUGUAGCACAAU